AUGAGUGCUGUGAAGGCCUCUGAGCACGCGUCCAGGGCGACGGAGACGGCCACCGCAACGUGCGACAGCAGCAGUGGAACCGAGUCGCUGGAGGAGCGGGAGUUUGUGUUUAAAGUCGCCGUCGUGGGCGACUACGGCGUUGGCAAAACAUCUCUCGUGAAUCGGCUGCUGAGUGUGCCGUACACGCAGCACGGGGAGGCUGCGGACCGAGCGCCGGCGGAGGAAUCGCCCGCCGCCGGUAACCCCUGCAUGUCCGUGACGCCGACAGUCGGCACUGAUUUUUUCUCACGUGUGGUACAAAAUGUGCGUCCUGGGCAACACGUACGACUGCAGUUUUGGGACACAGCGGGGUUGGAGCGGUACGCCGCGGUACAUGCCACCACGUACCGCAACGCCUCCGCUGUGAUGGUGGUAUUUGACGUGACGGACAGGCGCAGCUUUGAGGCCCUGCUCUCGACCCACCUGGACAGGGCCGCCCACCACAACCAGGAGUUGGACCAGCGCAGCGUGGUCGUGGUCGGGAACAAGACGGACCUCUUGCUGACCUCCAAGGAGACAAACUCGACAAGUCCUGCAGCGGACGUCGUGACGCAGUUGGAUGUUCAGUCGAAGCUGCUUGAUUUGCUCCCGGGCGUCGUCUACCAUGAGGUCAGUGCCCUCACAAAUAUCGGUGUGAAGGACCUGCUGCAUGCCUUGUGCCAGACUCUGCUUACCGUGCACGGCGUGGAGGAGUCCACUACGUCACUGCCGGUGGAAGGGGCGGCGGCCAAGCAACUGCAGUACUCCGUGCUACCAAAAGGAGACAGCUCCUCCCCCGGUGUAGAAGCGAUAGCCGCAGCAGUUCCUGCGCCUCCAGCAGACGUGAAGACGCCGCUGGUUGCGGAAGAGUACUCCCCGAGAGAAGUCGGUGACGACAACGUGGCUUACGGCGUCACCGAGCGACACGCUGACCCUCAUCGCAUGCCUCUUUCCAAGAGCGGGGAGGCAUCUGAGCAUACACUGCCUCCCUUCGAUCGUCUUCACACGGCACAUUUAGAGGAGACAGUUACCCCAAUCGAAGAUCCCAUCAUGGGCAGCAGCCGCCUGAAUUCCACAGGUAAUAAUGUUUUCACACAACCGCCCGAAGUGACCCGCACCGUAGCCAACAACCACUGCCCCCAGGAGUCCUUGGCAAACGAAGAGAGGAGGGAAUAUUGCUCCUUGCGUUCAUACAGCAACCUGAACGAGGACGAUCGCCGGAAGCCUGCGGAGUGCAGCAGUGCAGACUCCGCAGAGUUUCAGAGGGAAAUUGAAAAUAGGUUUAGAAUCGCUGAAGCAUUUGCAAGAGAAACAGCCCCGGCUUUAAAACAAACUCCACAACCUCGGAAGAAGAAGGCGUCCAAGGUAAAUUUCUCGCACUGCUGUGGUGAUGGCAGUGAGUCGGAUGGUCGGAACUCAAAGGGCUUUAAGUGUUAG